AUGAGUUUCAUAGACAGCUACUGGUACCACGCUGCGGUAGUCAAGAAAAUCAUUCACGCAAUCCAAAUCUUCCUCAUCAUCGGAGCUUUCGUAUGCGGUAUGAUUCUCUGGAGGGACAAAUCCGCUCCUCGGGGUCGAAUGAAUAUGCUCAUCCUCGGUUACUCCAUAAAAUCCGCCAACCUCCUCGCCUACAUCCUCAUCACCUCGCACGUCGCGCGCUUCCACCGCUGGGCGUCGCCGAAAGCAUACUUCAUCAUCAAUGUCAUCGAGCCCAUCUUCUGGCUCUCAGCCUUCGGCAUGAUGUGCAUGCGGGCACCCAAGUGCGUCGGCGCGAAGUCGUGUGGGACUAUCGGUGCUGCAUUGGGGCUUUCCUUUGGUUUGGCGUAA